UGAACUAAACCCGGAGCCAACAUGACCAGCAACCCGAGUGAAAACGGGGCUACUACUGAGGCACAAAGUCAGGAAGCCGAGCUGAGCUCUCCGUCUCGGGCUUCGGCCAGAUGGGGUCCUCAACACGCAGGCGCUCGGGAGCUCGCAAAUUUGUACUCCCCAGGUAAGAGGUGUCAGGAAUGGAUCAGUGUUAUUUUCUGUUUCACGCUCAUGGCCUUUAAUUUCUUUUACCUCCUCGCCCAGUUCCACCUGGGCCAUGUCUGGUACAUCCUUCUGGGAAUUGUGGGAGGAAUCCUUACUGCAGACUUUGCCUCUGGGCUGGUCCAUUGGGGGGCUGACACGUGGGGGUCUGUGGAUCUGCCCAUCGUUGGAAAGGCAUUCAUCCGUCCGUUUCGGGAACAUCAUAUCGAUCCCACAGCCAUCACACGGCACGAUUUCAUAGAGACUAAUGGUGAUAACUGCAUGCUGACGAUCAUUCCGCUGGCUAACAUGGCCUACAACUUCCACACUCUAACACCAGUGGAGAUUUAUCAUAUCUUCCCCUGGUAUUGCUACUUGUAUUCUUUGGCCAUCUUUGUGACACUGACUAAUCAGAUCCAUAAGUGGUCUCACACCUAUUAUGGGCUGCCACGCUGGGUCACGUUCUUGCAGGACUGCCACAUCAUCCUCCCUCGCAAACACCACAGAGUUCAUCAUGUGUCACCUCAUGAGACCUAUUUCUGCAUUACUACAGGCUGGUUGAACUACCCACUGGAGAAGCUUGGCUUCUGGAGGAAUCUGGAGGAACUCAUCCAGAGCCUGACAGGAGAGAAGCCCAGAUCAGAUGACUUGAAAUGGGCCCAAAAAACCCAGUAACAUUCCUCUAGUGCCAGCGUCCCUCUCCUACCUCAUACCUCUGCAAAGAGGUCCAGCCUCCAUCUCCUCCUCAUUCAGCUCCCCAGUGUUCACCCAGCCAGUGGGGCUGAUAAGAAACUGAAUGAUUCAGAUAAUGCAAAAGCUUCCAGCCCACAAAGAGAAGAAAGGAGGAAAGAAGUGGAGAGUGUGAUUGCAAGCAAUACUUCUCUGCACUUCUCAUCCAUCAACAGUUAUCAAAUCUGUUUUUAUACUCAACGGUUUUCUCCCUUUUCCCUGCACAAAGAAGCCAUUUUACCUCUGGCAUAGGGGUAUUAAGCAUCCAAAAAUGCUCUGUAGAAAGCAAAAUGAAAAAUCCACAUUUAAAAAAAAAAAAAAAA